AUGGAGAGCAGCAUGAAGCAGGUGGCGCUUGAAGAUGAGGACUCGGGGAACGGCUGCUGCUGCCCGGGCUGCUGCGUGCCCUGCGCCUCUUGCUGCGCCAAAUGCUGCACCAAAUGCAGCUGGUGCUGCACCAAAUGCUGCACCAAAUGCGGCUGGUGCUGCGCCAAAUGCUGCUGCCUGCCCAAGUGCUGCGAGUGCCCCAAGUGUCCCAAGUGUCCCGGCUGCGCCAGCUGCUCCGGCUGCCUCAAGAAGUCGCUGUGCUUCGUCCCUCGGCUGCUCUGCUACCUGCCCCGCAAGCUGCUGAGCUGCGGCCGCCUGCGCUGCCUGCUGAUCGCGGCGGUGGUGCUGGUCCUGCUCGUGGUCAUCGUCGCCGUCGCGCUGCUGAUGCGGCUGAGCGUGGAGCAGCGCCACGCCGACACCGUGCUGCGGGGCGGUUCGUGGGAAGAGGACGCGGCCACUUUCUACCUGGACAGCGGCGACGGGAACGCGGCCACGGUCAUCUAUGACUACACGAAUCUGCUGGUGAGCUACAGAGCCCGGCUGCACCGCGCCUGCUACGUGACCCGAGUGGACCAGGACAACAUCCCGGGGCUGGACAGCGUGGUCGAGACCUUCCAGCGCCGGCAGAUGAUGAUGAAGGAUGUGCCUCCUGCCCAGGCUGAGGACAAGAUCUCGGCGCCCCUGGCUGACCGCUCCCUGCUGGGCACCACGGCGGGCAUCCUGUGCAGCCUCCUCCCCGUGUACUGGGCUUAG